AUGCAGCCCCAAAUUCACGAGCUGGGCGCAAGCCGGUCAGGAAGAUCUCAGGCGACCAAACCCACGACCCAUGGCCGCGUCUCGAUAGGAUUGGGGUGUCUGACGAUCCUCCUACUGAGCCUGCUUGACCCGGACCAUGUGGGCUUCCAGGUCUCCUCAAGCUCGAUCAAGAACGAUAACUACCACACCCAAGUCCUCGACCAUUCGCUCAAUCUGAUCUUCAACCUCUCCAACCCGGAGCCGGUCCUAAACUUCUACAACCCCGAUUCGCUCUUGUCCAAGAUCCUGAUCCCGCGGCCGGUCGAGAGCAAGAACCUGAGCGACUGUCGGACCCUCUUCGCCCAGCAUUUCCAAUCACUCUCCACCCACAUAGACGUCCCUCUCCAGUCGAAUCUCUUCGUCAACUCCCGCCAGCCGCCCUCAUAUUCUCCCGUCCCUCUGAGGGAGAUCCAAACCUGGAAAUUAGACACACACACCUUCAAGGCAUCCACCCCACUUGGCACAAAGUCCUUCGAGAACCAAGUCUUCACACACGACCCCACCGCCCCUCUCAGACUCGUCCUUGCCGCACAUAUCGAUAGCAAGUUCUUCCCCAACCCGCCUGACAACCAGUUCGUCGGCGCCACCGAUAGCGCCGCUCCCGUCGCUAUCAUCCUCGAGGUCGCUAAAGCUCUCACUCCCCUGCUCGAUAAAAAAUUGGCCCAUGACGUCAAACUCGGCCAGGCUGGAAUGACCGCCGAACGUAUCACUCUACAGAUCGUCCUCCUCGAUGGCGAGGAAGCUUUUCGGGAAUGGAGCCACACAGACUCUUUAUAUGGUGCAAGAGAACUAGCGAAGAAAUGGUCUGAGCCAUUACGGACGCCGACGGCGACGCAGAAACGGCUGCGAUCGAUCGACGCGAUCGACAGCUUCAUCCUGUACGAUCUUCUAGGCAGUCCGGCUCCGGAGAUGCACAACUUCUUCUCCGAGACGGGCUGGCUGUUCGAUUCGUUCGAGAAAGUCGAGGCCCGACUGAUGCGCAAAUCCACCUUCACUCUGUUCCCCUCCAUCCCAUCUCUCGCGACCCAUCUCGGAAAUAACGUCCAACAGAACCUCCGAACUCGCAAGCCGUUCUUCCGCAAACGUCUUCCCGGUCAACCGAUUGCCUUUGGAUCUAUCGAAGAUGAUCAUUUGCCGUUCUUACAGGAAGGCGUGCCGAUCCUGCAUCUGAUCGCCGCGCCGUUUCCGCAGGUCUGGCACACGAUCCGCGACGACCGCUCGGCCCUGGAUCUGCAAACAAUACUCGAGUGGAGCCUGAUCUCCCAAGUCGCGGUCGUCCAAUACCUCGGACUCGAAACCUUCCUCGACGGCUAUCUGUCUGGAAGACGUGAUGAAUUGGUACCUCCUUCUUGA